AUGAAUAAGCUAUCGUCGUAUAGUAUAAGAGAUAUACAUAAAGCGUAUCGUGACAAGUCUUUGAAUCCUUGUGGUAUAAUUGAUCAAUGUUUGGAUAGAGCUAAGAAAACGAAGAAAUUAAAUGCCUUUAUAACUUUAACACCUCAAGUAGCUCAAGAACAAAGUUUACGAUGUCAAAAACGACUCCAAUCAAGAAAUAAAUUAAAUCUGUUAGAAGGAAUUUCUGUUUGUUUAAAGGAUAAUUUUUGUACGAAAGAUAUUCGGACAACUUGUGCUUCUAACAUGCUAAAAAACUUUAUACCAACAUAUAAUGCUACUAUUUAUUCUAAACUAAUGAUGGCGGGAGCAUGUCUGGUUGGAAAAACUAAUUUGGAUGAAUUUGCAAUGGGCUCUGGGACUGUUGAUUCUAUUUAUGGGCCAACACGUAAUCCAUGGUGCUAUAAUGACAAUUGGAGGAUCCCCGGAGGCAGUUCUGGAGGAAGUGCAGUAGCUGUCAGUUCUGGGUCUUGUGUUGUGGCUAUUGGAUCAGAUACAGGAGGAUCUACAAGAAACCCGGCUGCAUUAUGUGGAAUAGUUGGCUUAAAACCUACUUAUGGUCUUGUGUCUAGAUAUGGACUUAUUCCAUUAGUUAACUCAAUGGAUGUACCUGGAGUCUUGGCUAAAAAUGUUGAUGAUGCAGCUAUAACAUUAAAUUGUAUAGCAGGGCCAGAUGAUUUGGACUCAACAACUAUAAAGUCUGCAUUUAAACCUGUAUUAAUAAAAGAUGAUUUUGAUAUAUGUAAUUUAAAUAUAGGUAUACCAAAAGAAUACCACUGUAAAGAUAUGAGCAUUGAAGUCAUUGAGUGUUGGCAGUAUGUUACAGAUUUGUUGGAAAAAUUAUGUAAAAUUUCAUGUGUGUCGUUGCCACACACAUCUGUUUCAAUAGCUGUAUACUCUAUACUUAAUCAGUGUGAAGUUGCAAGCAAUAUGUCUCGUUAUGAUGGUUUAGAAUAUGGACUAAGAACCAAAACAAAUUAUUCUACAGAAGAGUUGUAUGCUACAACAAGAUCACAAGGUUUCAACAAUGUGGUUAGGUCAAGAAUAUUUGCGGGAAAUUACUUUUUAUUGAGACAGAAUUAUGAAAAAUACUUCAUGAAGGCUCAAAAAUUACGCAGACUGAUUUCAGAUGACUUUAAAAAUGUUUUUAAUGGUGACAAUAAAGUAGAUUUGUUGUUGACACCAACUACACUGUCUGAAGCUCCUUUGUAUAAUGAUUUUACUGCCAAAAACAACAGAGAUCAGUGUGUACUUCAAGACUAUUGUACUCAACCAGCAAAUAUGGCUGGAAUACCAGCUAUUUCUAUUCCAGUUAAACUGUCUAAAAAUAAAAUGCCUCUCUCCUUACAAUUAAUGGGACCUGCAUUGUCAGAAGAUUUAUUGCUAAAUGUUGCAAAAAAAAUAGAGACUUUAGUAAAUUUUCCUGUAUUAGAUUUUAAUCAAAUUAUAAAUAAAAAUUGA